GGUCAUUAGUGCCUUGAGUGAGAACCACAGAUUAGUUAUUGUCUAUCUGUGUGGUUUUGUGGCAUUACUUGCUUCAGUAAAUAAUUUUUCAUGGAAGUUGUGGGUAUUCAAUAGACACAGCAGCAUACCAAAUGGUAAUAGUGUCUAGCAGCUUAUAAACCCAAUCAAUCAAUAAGCCAAAAAGAAGCUAUCUUUGAUUUUUUUUUAAAUUUAUGCCACUUUCAAGGGCCUUUACUUCCCUGAAAUACAGUUGUGUUUCCAUGCUGAUGGAACAGGGUCCCCAGUGGAAGGGACCCUCUGCUCCUUCUGUGCAAGAGCAGUUUUGAGGGGCACAUAAGGGGAGUGAAAGGGGAAGGAAAACAAGGGGAGGUCCCACCAUAUGAAUGACAGCUAGAUUGGAGCCCAGUGUUUUCUUAAAUGGGGCUCUGCAUUGCUUUGGAUUUGACUGGAAAAAGGUGUUUGCAGGCACAAAAGUAGUAUCUGUCUGGCAUUCUUCAAAGCAACGUGGUCCUCUGAAAAGACACAGCUGCUUUAAAGAGUAGCCAACCAGUGGUACGUGUAUGCCCGUAUCUGUUUAAUGCAUGGCGGUUGUGUUUCCCACGGCUGGUUAAACAGCCAAGAACCAACCUGGUUUAAGGCUGUUUGUUUUUCAAAGAAAUCAGACUUACUGCUACCCUUUAACAACAUGUGUGUGUGAGUGUGCUUGGGUCUUAACGUGUAUUUAUAUGGAUUGCACGCAGGCAAAUCGACAGGCACCGCAGCUUCUGCCGUAAUAAAUCCCCACGUCUUUUAGGUGCCCGGAGUCUCUGUGUUUCCUCCCUCCAGUUGCAGAAGGUUGCCAAAACUUCACUAGGCUUUGGGAGAUGUUUCGACAAGAUUAUUGUGGAAUGACAUCUUCUGUAGCAGACCUGAUUAGCAUUUAGAUUUGUUGUCGUCUGCAUAACCACAGUUCACACCUCUGAAGACUAGAAUUAAGUGUGAGUUGUUAACAUAAUUACAUGCCUUUACUCGGGCUUGUUUGAUGCUACAGAACGAUAUCAGGGCAGAAAUUUUUCAAGGAUGCCCUUGACUUUGGGUUAGUCCAAUGUUGAGAAACACUGGUUUAAUCCUUUGCUUUUCAUUCCAUGAUAUUAUCUUCCUGCUUUUUUUAAUAGCAUCUUUUCAAAAGCACCAAGUAUCUUUAUCAGAGAGAAACUUUGGGGAAGCAGAUUAGCUUGGAUAAUAAUGGGGCUAUCCUGAAAUGUAAUCUGUAUAUUUGUGUAUCAUGCUAGGCUAGAACACACGUCGUAUUAAGCUCUGAUUUAUUAGCGAAACUGAAGUUCAGUAUGAUAAAUGUAGACUUGGCAAGCGUAAGCUUGCUCAUUCUCUUCUGCUCUGGAAAGGUUUUCCUUUUGGUUUCAUUAACCACAGUCUGUUGUGCUGCCUGGCAUGACAGACCAUGAUUAACAGGCCAGGCAAGCCCCUUCCAAGCUGCCAGGCCUGAGGUGGCUUUUUAAAACCAAAUUUACUUAAGCUGGCCAAUAAUUCUUGAGGCAGAGAACUCCAGAAAGGAUGGGGAACUGAAAGCAAAAGCUUAUUUUCAUUUAGUUAUUUAUUUAUUUUCCAAAUGUAUCUGUGCCAUCUAUCUCACUGUACAAGUGGCUGUAAGCAGCAUUCCCCCUUUCUGGUUGUGUUGGGAGAAUGAAAUGGGGGACUGAAGUGUUUUGGGGUAGAGGUUGGCAUGCAGUCAGUGCCUCCUCAACUCAAAUGCAUAUUUUCCUGAAAUUGCACCGCUAAAAUGUAAACCCAAGAGUCUUUAAGAAGGUGCAGACAGCUGCAUUGCAUGCAGCCCCACCAGCACCCAACCCCCUUUCUUGCUUCUGAUGCAAAGCAUUUUUCACCCCUCUUAAAAAUCAAAGAAAGCCACCAGUUUCCAUCUAGAAGCUGACCUUCGCCCAUAUAUGUGAUGAAGCCUCACUCAUCUUGUAACCUUCACCCUCCCCUUAAGUGCCUCUCUUAAGUUGCCCCCCUGUGCUAAAUUGUGGCCUUCUUAACCAUAGUUGGUUGGCUAAGCCUUAAUCAGCUGGGUUCAUAUCACACAUUAAGCCACACAUUAACUGGCUUCGCACAUUCAUGCUAAGCCAGAGUGAAUUAAGAUAUACUGUAGCUUGAUGUGACAUAUGAACCCAGUCUUAAUGUCACCCAGAUUUUGGCUGAAAAGUUUUUUUCUUUUCCAGCUUUGAUCUCACUCCUGAAAUAAGUUGAUUUCCUGAGAAAUAUCUGAAAGCACCUGACAGGUUUGAUCUGAGUUGGAGAGGAUCCAUUCCCAGACAGAUAUAAUCUGUGGUUUCCACAGAUUGCAACAGUACUAUUUCUUUUUCUUUUUUUUUUCCUGAAAGCACAACUUAGCAACAAGGAUCUUGUGGGUUCCUGCAUUGCAGAUCACUGGGAGAUUUCCAACGCAGGGGCUUCCAAGAGUCACCUUGCAAAGGAAGUUGAAUCUAUGGAUUGCGUGCAUUUUGAACCUCUUCAAAAUGUCUUUUCUUUCUUUCUUUGAAGCAGAUUUUGUUUACGAUUUGAGAAAUUUGAGUUAGCUGACAUUGGCAAAUGCCCUAGUGUUAUUGGUUUCUGAAAAAGUUAUGUAUUUUUAUUUAUUUAUUUAUUCAAUGUAUAGGGCUGCCUAUCUCACAUAAGUGACUCUGGGUGGCUAGUAGGGAUAAAACCAUCAUUAUAAUCAUAAAGUAGAAAUGCAGAGCAAAAAUGAAAAAUGGUGGCCAAGACCACCAACACUAAUCUCAAUAACUCACAGACUCACCUAACCUAACCUCCCCACCUGAUGGGCUGGAUAGAGACAACUGGAGAAAAGUGGUCCCUUGAAUAUCCUGGCCCUAUGCCAUGAAUUUUAAAGCCAGUGCCAUCAUAAAAACACCCAACCCUGUUUCUGAAGCUGCUUUAGUCUAGUUGGUCCCUCCAUAUGGUGUUAGACUACGGUUCCAAUCCCCACGGGCCACGCUGGCUGAAAUCAAUGACAAUGGAGCGUCCAAGGUAUCUGGAGAACAUUAUCCUAAAUGCUGGUCUCAGGGCGCUGUAAAUGGGUUACUAGCUUUCUAAAAGUGGGCCUUAUAGAAGACACGGUUCAUGGAGGAUCUCACUCCUCCCCACAGCUGUUGGUUAAGUGGUUGCUGCUGUAGACAGGAGACCUGGGGUCUUUGUCCCAGUAUCUUUCUCCAGGGAGUGUCCUAACUCAGUCAUAAAAUGUAUACAGAGAAUCUCAGCCUGUCAUUUACAAUUAUUUCUGGAAGUAAGAGAUGGCAAAGAUAUCUGUUGGAUUGUCCAUCAGAGCAGAAAAUGUUGGAUCGGUGCUUUGAUUCUUAAGAAAGUAGCUUCCUGUAUUCACAGCUUCAGGGUCAGCCAGCAAAAAACUGGAAACCUACAAAAAUAUUCAGUGACAUGUAUAUAACCUAGAGAAAACAUUUUUACUUAAAGUGCUGUUUCAAGAGUCCUUUCAACAGCUUUAUUAAUCUGAUGAACUUUCAUAGCCCAUACUCCAGAUGCAUUUUGAUGUGCAAAUAAGAUUUGAGUUCCCCUCUGUGUCAGUAGCCAAGAAUGUAGUAGUCUAGGGUAACUGUUGAGCUGGACAUUUUAGGUAGUGUUGUUUUAAAGAGGGGAUUUACUAGGAGCAUGGAGGUCCAUCAGGGAUCUGCCAUGAAACUGAAUGAAUAUUUUACCCAGAGGGCUUUCCAUGUGACAAAUAAUGAUUUUGAUUGCAAAAGUCAGGGCCGUGACCAGAACAUCUGCCUGUGGGACUUAGCUGAAGGAAGGAACAUUGUCACAGACUCUCUUUUCAUGGAGAAUGUUGGGUUCUGCAAAUGUUCACACACUGAGGUGACAGAGAAACGGUGUCUCCUGGCCACACCUUGGAAAGGGUUAGAAGAGGUUCAGGUUCUGGAGCUGCCGUCUAAGACAUCAAUCUGUACCUUGAAGCCAGAGACCGGUGCCAGGAUGGGCAUGCCCAUGUGCCUGAAGAUGUGGUGGCCCAAUGUUGGCUCACAUCCUCUCCUUCUGAUCGGCUAUGAGGAUGGAUCAGUGGUUCUGUGGAAUUUGUCAAUGGGGAGAAUGCUGAGUCGGCUGACAUGUCAUCAGGAGCCAAUCAUGAGCCUUGACUUUGAUUCUGAGAAGACCAAGGGAGUCUCUGCUUCGUCCGAGAAGAUGCUUUGCGUCUGGAACCACACUGAGCUGCAAAACCUGGAGCUUCAACAAACGUACCAGCUCACCAAUCCUGGGAUCGCCGAGGUGACUCUUCGUCAAGACAAGAAGAUCUUGGCCACGGCUGGCUGGGAUCACCGCAUCCGCCUCUUUGGCUGGAAGAAGCUUAAGCCGUUAGCUGUCCUAGACUACCACACAUCAACAGUCCAUUGCGUAGCCUUCUCAGAUCACAACCAGCCCAGCGAGAGACUAAUGGCAGCUGGCUCCAAGGACCACCGCAUCAGUGUCUGGUCAAUAUAUAAUCAGACAUGAAAUGAGGACAGGAGAAGACCAAUAUUUGCAAAGUUCAAAGUUGAGGCCAAGAUGAGAGAGAACCAGUCACUGUCCUACAGAUUGGAAGGAGAACAUCAACUUCAGCAUAAGCUCUUGAGUUCAGUAUCAGCAAAAACCUUGGGAAACCCUUGGGUAGGAUCCCCUCCCAGUCAGCUCUCCAUUGCUACUAGUUGCCUGAUGACUGAGCAAGUGUCAUCUGCCAUCCCUUCUACUUCUCAGCAAUCUCAGAAUUCUGAGUAAGGAUGCUCACCACCACACAUUUGUUAUGACAAGGGGUCUCCCUUCCUCCUGAUGGCAUAAGGAAUUACCCAUAAUGAGCUUGGUCUAGAAUAACCACCCCUUCUGUCUCAUGGAAAUCAGUGAGAAAAGUUGGUCACAGCUGAGUGCUACGUGAUCUCAUGGUGGACCUCUCCGGCUCGGAAUAUGAGAUCUAGGACUUUGAGAAACGCCUUUGCAGUGUCUUAAUUAUGCCAAGAUGCCAGGUUGUUUCUCCUCUUUGUCUACCUUCCUUUUCUCUGUGUCAUCCUUAGUUUGCUCACUGUCCUGAUGGCUUCCCAGAUUUAAAUUGACAGCCAAGAACGUGGCAAGGGACAGAUGUACAAAUUUCAUUCUCUUUUCACCCCAAAUUAUUCCAUUAAUCUGCAAAGAAAAGGGUGGAUGGGGAUCCAAGAUCUUACUUGGGUUGUGGCAGAAGCAUGUCAGAGACUGAGAGAUCUUUCUUUCCAUAGAUCAACACACAGAAGGAUUUAGCUCAGCAAUCUAGCUGAUAUUCUCCUUUGAGACUCUGGAAUAGUUUCUCCAGUGUAGCAAAUUGUGCUUGUUAUAGGACUUGAUUCUUUACUUGCACAUGGGAAGAAAAUGUCCUUGAGUGUCUGAACCAGGGCAGACCAUCAGUUUAAACAGACUCAGCUUAUUUAAUGAGCCAUCUUUCCCAGGGAUUAAAUGUUACAAUAAAUGUGUAUGUUCCAAAACACAAUAAUGGUCUCUUUCUGUAGGCAACUAGUUUGAAAAGAGUCUCAAACAAACUCGGCAAUUUGUUGUUAGAGGUUUAAAAAAACGAUGGACAAAUCUGUCUCCUGGUUUCUC